AACACAAAAGAAGUACCAAUUUCAAUAGGACGGCUGACGCUCAUACACCAGGGGAAUUUUUUUCUUUGUUGGGGUCUACUGAAGUGAAAGUUGCACAGCAUUAAGGGUAUAAAAAGAGUGAACUUGGACCAUCAAGUGUAAUAAUAUUACAGCUGCGUAGGAAGGAGAGAUCACAACACCUUGCUGUUCAGAGAAAAAAAGGAACCGGAAAAAGGAGCGUCGUUUUUGUUUUUCUUUUAUUUGAACAAGAGGACUGGUCAGAGAUAACAGUGCUUCACUUUACCAACCCAACAGAAGAUCAAAGAAAUACAAGAGCUGACCAUCUGAUGAUGAUGAUGUCAUGAUCAAAAUAACAAUGAUGUAACUGCGGAGUGAUUUUUUUCUACGGAGCUGUUUUCUACGGACCAACAAUGAACAAUAUUAUAGUGAUUAGAUAGACUGCUUUGUUUUCUCACAAAAUUUACACGCGCUGCCCGAAGUGACGACGUGACUAACGCCAUGAAGAUACAACUUGUCAUUGUGUUUGCGGUCGUCGCAAUCACACAAAGUGCACCAUCCAACCCUUGUGAUCCUAACCCGUGUGGUCGUGGAUCGUGCUUCCGAUCAGUAGACGGUACUGGUUAUGCUUGUAACUGUGAGGAAGGAUUUUCCGGAGACACUUGUCAGUUCGGUCCAUGUGACUCCAAUCCAUGUGUAUCGGGAAUAUGUUUAACCUCGUCAAUACGGAACAGUUACGCUUGCUUGUGUCCAGCGAAUAGAGAGGGUACAAACUGCGAAAUCGUUAUAAAUGCAUGCGAUAGUAACCCAUGUCAGAAUGGUGGAAUGUGUUUGUCUUCUAGUACUGACACAAUGCGGUACAUCUGCAGCUGUACCUCGGGCCACACUGGAACACACUGCGAGAGCGACCCAGCUGCACCUUGUGACAGUUCUCCGUGCCUAAAUGGCGGGGCGUGUACCCCAGCGAUUAACGGUGGAUACCUUUGCACAUGCGCCGCUCAAUUCGCCGGCCCACAAUGCCAACAAGCAAUGUCAUGUGCGUUCGAUCCCUGUAAAAAUGGAGGGUCUUGCUACCUUAACUAUAAUGAUGGCGUCAAUUACAUGUGCAAGUGUCCAGACAAUUAUAAGGGGAAGGAUUGCAGCAAACCAGAUCCCUGUUCAAGCAACCCGUGCGCGGGCAACAGUGUGUGUUUGACUGAAGAUGACGGUACAUAUUCCUGCCUGUGCCGAUGUGGAACUGACGGUUCGUGUAGUAAUACUGAUAAUGGAGAAGAUGGAGGUACUCGCACAAAUGUGGACAGCUCGACUCCGUCCGACACUACCACCCAUGCUAAUGGUCCAGACACGUUCAGCACCUCGUUCAUGUGUUCUGAAACAACUGACCUUGUUGGCUGCCGUUUCGUAUUCACUGAAAUGAACAAGUGUAAUAAUCGCGGCUGUUGCUCCUCGGAUGCUCGUGGGGGAGCAAAAUGCAGUUGCUCGGAUGGGUACGGUGGCAAUCAAUGCCAGUAUGAUUGUGCUAGCAGUCCAAUUGGGUGCAGUUCAUCAGACAGCAACGCUGAGAACGAGAAUGGAGGAACCGGAGGAACUGGUGGUGGUGUCAAAUCACAAGUUGAGCCCUUCGUCUGCCUGGAUGUAUUGGCACCGUCCCCCAACUUACCAUGCCUCCGCGUAGCAGAGGAGACAAACAACUGUAGCAGUCAUGGUUGUUGCUCAAUUGACUCGGACGGUGAUGCUAGAUGCAGGUGUAGCGGCGUCUAUGGGGGUCCCCACUGCCAGUUCAACUGCGCCCUUCAUCCAGAAGAUUGUGGUUCAGCCAAUGGAGCCGGGGGAAGUGGUACUGAUGGUGGUGUCAUACCACAAGUUGAACCCUUCGUCUGUCUGGACGUAUUGGCACCGUCCCCCAACUUAGCAUGCCUCCGUGUUGGGUCUGAGACAAACAACUGUAGCAGUCAUGGUUGUUGCUCAAUUGACUCGAACGGUGAUGCUAGAUGCAGGUGUAGCGGCGUCUAUGGGGGUCCCCACUGCCAGUUCAACUGCGCCCUUCAUCCAGAAGAUUGUGGUUCAGCCAAUGGAGCCGGGGGAAGUGGUACUGAUGGUGGUGUCAUACCACAAGUUGAACCCUUCGUCUGUCUGGACGUAUUGGCACCGUCCCCCAACUUAGCAUGCCUCCGUGUUGGGUCUGAGACAAACAACUGUAGCAGUCAUGGUUGUUGCUCAAUUGACUCGGACGGUGAUGCUAGAUGCAGGUGUAGCGGCGUCUAUGGGGGUCCCCACUGCCAGUUCAACUGCGCCCUUCAUCCAGAAGAUUGUGGUUCAGCCAAUGGAGCCGGGGGAAGUGGUACUGAUGGUGGUGUCAUACCACAAGUUGUACCCUUCGUCUGUCUGGACGUAUUGGCACCGUCCCCCAACUUAGCAUGCCUCCGUGUUGGGUCUGAGACAAACAACUGUAGCAGUCAUGGUUGUUGCUCAAUUGACUCGGACGGUGAUGCUAGAUGCAGGUGUAGCGGCGUCUUUGGGGGUCCCAAAUGCCAGUUCGACUGCGCCCUUCGUCCAGAAGACUGUGGUACCGCUAGUGGAACUCAAGCAAACCAAUAAUAGGCAAACACCGUGUCAAAGUUGGUAAUCAUCAGCUGUCCAUAUUCUCCAUAUAAACCACAAAUUAAUACUCAUAGCUUAAUGAGUUGUGCAUAAUGUACUGACGUCAUAGCAUGAGCUUCACCUCAGCCAUUGUUGCAAUCACCUAAAACUUUUAAACUGGGCGUUUCUUAAUGAUAUCGGUUCUUUCCUUGAUCUCAAAUGACGUGUCUUUCGUCGGUUACGAAGGUGCACACACAUAAUUGUCAAUAAUAAAAACAUGAUAAUAUAUUGUAUAUCCAAUGUAGUAUUGUUUAUCAGUGAAAAGAAAACAUGAAAUAAUACAAGUCAUUGGUUUAAGAGAUUUCCAUACUGAAAUACAAAUACUGUCUUAUCCAAAGCAAGUCAUAACUGUCAACAAACUUCAAAAUCAUCUGCAGUUUUUGUGAACUCUGUUUCUUGGAGUCUGAUUAUAGUCACACUUCACAUAUUUUUAUCAUUAUUAUUAUUAUUAUUAUUACACUUAUACCUGACUAGAAUUAAAACAAAAUCAGGACUCAAGUUAAUAAUUUUCACCAAAUUCUGAAUUAAAAUUAUCUGAAAUUCUUAAUUUUUCUUUUCGUUACUCCCCUGCCUGGAAUAAGACUCGGGUAAACCAUCGGGCUCGUUUUGUAUCCGUUUGGGUGUUCUUUAGUUGGAUAAUGAAAUUUGCAUUUUGUGAUGACAAUUGUGAUAUGAUAUCGGUAAGGCAUUUAUAUAUGAAUUUUGUUGAUUUUGAUCUCGCACAAAGCCUUUUUCGGAAAUGAUCUAUUUUAAGUUUUGUUUUACUUUAUUUGUUCUUGUUGAUUUACUGAUAUUGUUAAUUUGGUAAGAUUUUUUUUUUUUUAAGAAAAACCUCUAAUUUUAUAGGGUCAUUUUGAAACAGCAGCUUUUGUUCAUUGUAUUAACUAUUGUGCAUGAAAACGACAAUCAAAUUAUUGCCAAUCAAUAGAAUACCUUCAAAUCUUCGGAGUGGGUGCUUUGUGCUAUAAAAGCGUUGGGUAUGAAAUUUGAUUGGAACAAUUUUUAAAAGUAGAAUAAAACGAUUAACACAAAUAUCACUCGAAAUGGUGUGGUUUUCCUUAAACUUUGGUCGCCAUUUGGUAAAACUGGUUCCAAUCGCUAGCACUUUCCUUUUGAAUCAUGAAAAGUUGCUCAAGCGUUGCCAUGACAACAAAACAUUUACAUAAACAUUUCUUUACUAACUAAAUAUUUCAAACUGAUCAAAACAAUUGUUUCAAAAGUGUCAAUCUGUCCAAUCUGCAAAGUAUUGUUAUUUCACAUUUCUAAGUACGUUUCUAAAAGAAAACGGAAAAAGCCCUUGCAAAACACAAAAUAAUCAUGUAAUACUUUGAAACAAUUGUAAUAAAUUGUACGAUGAAAAUAA